AUGCACGUGAAGCUAUAUCGGCUUUUGCCGACAGCUGCAAAUUUGUCGAGCAUGUCUACUUCGACCGUCAAAACAUCGCGUCUGCCAGAGGCGUCCCCCUCCUCCUCGUCCCAGCCUCUUUGCUCACAGUGCUCGCGCAGUUGCGCAAUCUACACCUGUCCUGGCUGCUCCGUCCGCACCUGCUCUCUCCCAUGCUCCUCCGCGCACAAGACUGCCACAGGCUGCUCUGGAAUGCGCAAUCGGGCAGCGUAUGUCCCGAUGAAUCGGUAUGGCUGGGGCGCCAUGAUGGAUGACUACACGUUCUUGGAGGACGUGGGAAGGAAAAUCAGCGAAGUCGGGGUUGAAAUCGCGAGAGGCGGUUUCCAGGAUCGGUCUGCUGAUGCAGUCGGGAUGGGCCGAGGGAGGGGCCGAGGGAGAGGUAGAGGACGUGGUGGGAAGCAUACCGCACAUGGGAGAUCAAAACGCGAUGUUCUAUGCAUGCAGUUGGAAACACAAGAUAUCAACAUGGAGGUCUUGCCAGCCGGGAUGGACAAGCAUAGAAUAAACCAGUCGUCUUGGAACUUCAGAUCUCAGUCUGCACUACUGACAAUCGAAUUCCGAUUUCACCGACCACCUGAUCCAUUGCUUCCGCCAUCCGAGAAGUCAGACCCACCAUAUUCGCUGCUUACCCAUCGGAAUCGCCUCGAGUCCCCUCUAUCCACACUUCUCAGCUUGCUCGCCGCGCCGAAAAAGAGCAAGGACAGCGCAGCUCCCUCAUGGGUGCAUGCGAUGAUCGAUGAGGAUGCUCAACCCCAAUGCCUGUUACGUGCGCCCCGAAACCCACUGAGACGCACAAGACACCGAACCUAUCUUCGCCUAGACACAAGUCAGACGCUGGGUGAAGUCCUGAAGGGAACACAUUUCGUUGAAUAUCCGACGAUCGAAGUGUGGGAGGAGUUCACCGGCCUAGUGGUGGACAAAGUGGGCAACAUUACCGAGGCCGGCGUUUGGGAAGAGGAAGACGAUGGCGAUGCAAAGAGAAGAAAACGGAGGAAGGUGGAUGGGGAAGCCAUCGCCGGUUUGCUGGACGGAUAUGGUAGCAGCAGUGAUGAGGAAGAGAUCCUGGUACCAAAGCCGGAAAGCAAACGCAAUGCACUCGACAUGUUGGGAAAAUAUUCUGGGAGCGAAGACGGCGACGAAGACCUAGACGCAACGGAAUUACUGGAUUCCGACGGCGACGAGCAGGAAAUCAGUCCCGCCGCGCUCUUGGAACUCAUGCGUUCAGUACGAGGAGAUGCAAAUUGGAUGCCAGAGGGGGAAGAGGGUCACGAGGAAGACAUAGAUUGGGGAGAGUUGGAUUCCGACAAUCCUUAG